UUCGGGGAGCGGGGUCACAACUACCUCAGUCGCUAUUCGUACAGACUGUAAAUAAGGGAAAUCAACUAUUCAAGACCUGUCGAAGUUUAGGCUUCGUGAUGUUGUUACAAGAACCCUUUUCUUAAGGGCAGAUCACGAGGGUCACACGGUUUUGUAUUUCACUGGGGAAACAUAUUAAUCUCCGUAGCUUACUAUUGAACCCUUUAAAAUCUACAAUGGCAACGACACGCGGAGUUCUCCUGAUCAUCCUCCAUCUUCUAAAACGUUCUCCCCUCACUCUCGCCUCACAGAACAGCACCCAUCAGGCGUGCAUCCCUCUGAAAGGUACUCCCCUCGAGGGCUGUCUCUUCGCAGGCUACAACACCACUUACUCAAUCCCAACUUCCAUAAGGCUCUCGGACGCGGCGGAGUCACGAAUCAGAAACUUCAUCUCAGCUCUUCUAAAAAUGAUCACACAGUGCUCUGCCGCUCAAAUCGGAGAGGUGGUGUUUUGCUCGGAGUUCGCGCCGUACUGUAGGGAGACAGAUGACGGGCCGUUCUUGCCGUGCCGUAGGGUAUGCUCGGAGUACCUCAAGCGGUGUGAAGGUACAGUUGGGCAGUACUUCCUGGAGUUUAGUGUCGGCAUGUGCUCGCUGCUUCCUAAUGACACGGCUUCGUCAGGCAAGUGCUAUGAACCUCCGGGAUUUGACCGCUAUCAUAACGUUACAACAACAGGUUUGCUCGAGGGAGACUGUGCUCCACUGAUCUUCCCAGUUUGUGAUGACGUAGGCUACAAACACUCUGCGAUCUCCAUAGCAACGCAAAGCAAAGUAUAUCAAAUGUAUUAUGGCAAAGCCUUUACGAACACGUCUGCAGACAGAUCGGCAAGCCCUGGGAGUUACAUGGGAAAGCUACUGCAGUUCAUAGAUACACAUCCAAAAUGCUCUUAUAACCUAAAGCAGUUGUUUUGCGCGGACCAUUUCCCACCAUGCUUUCCGGAAGAGGGCUUUGCGUUGUACACACUGUGUAGACCGCUGUGCAAGCAGCUUGCCGUCCACUGCCCAGACCUUCUCCAAACUCCAUCCUACAUCCGGGUCAUCAGCGAGUGUGACAUCAGAACAGUGGACGGUAACUCAUCGAGUGGAUUUUGUAAACAGACAAAAUGGCCGCCGCCGGUGCGUUGGUUGCAAUGGUUUCAAGACCCUUUGACCCAGUCUCCUCCGACCGCACACCACACACCAGUUGCGCCCGCGAUCAGUACCACAGUGAUAAUCAUAGCGGUAAUAUUACCCGUCGUUCUUGUCGCUAUGUUCCUGUUGGCCGUUUUGGCCUGGAGACAACACAGGCUACCCACCAUUUGCCUGCGCGGACAGGAUAAAAAGGAACUGGUGACAUAAAAAAGGAGCAUAUUGAGAUAAUUCUGCUUGAUUUUCGCGCGUACUUAAAUUUGCGAACUUUAAUCUCGUGAAAUUUAAUGGAUAUAAAAUGGAUCACAAAGAUUAAAGGUUCUAUUGAGAACUCAUAGUACGAACAUGUAACAAAACUAUCGAAAAUGGUCCAGGAACGAGAACACUUUUCCAUCACUGUAAGACUGACUUUUAGGGCUCUUUAAAGGCUUUUUGUGAAAACAAGAAAUGAAGUCCAUUGAACUUCGUAUUUGGGCACCUAAAUCCCUUGCAACACAAUUUUUCAUCGCGUUCGCGAAAAUAGAUACUCGCGUAAUGUAAUGAGAAGAAUUUGGCGAAAGACGCGCGAAAAUAAAGUAGGAUACGGUAAAUAUAUGAGUAUCUUAUUGACGAAAAUCAUCAUUUCACACCAGCAAGACUAACAUUUGUAAAUAUUGAUAUAUCUCCCAUAUAAAGAAGUACGAGUAUAAGGAAGUACAAAUAAGGGAGUACAAUGGAAAAAGUGUGAUCUUGAGAAUUCAACAGGAUCUUGUUCCUCAGUUUUUUUUGUCCACUUAGAAAAUCAAGUAUAAUAAAGCAUCCAUUUACAACGAA